ACCCUCCUCCCUUCCUUUCCAGUCACCAGCCCAAAAAGCGCUCUCCAAACCGCUCGCAGCGGCGGCAGAGGAGCUUCUGCGCGCUCAAGGAGCCGCGGCCCGACCUCUGCCCUUCCCACCACGCGGUGUCGGCACGGGGGCUACGGCAUGCGGAACUGCUUGAGUGGGGCGCCUUGUUUUCAGCCGGCGCAUUUUUAGAAGCGGCACGGCCGGCGGCCGGCAGAUCAUAAUUUUGGAGGAUUGCAGCACUGAGAUCUCUGGAGUCUGCUGUGUCUAGCCAUAAUGAGUUUGGUUGCUUAUGAAGAUUCAGACUCUGAGGCAGAAACUGCAAAUACUGAAGACUCCGAURCUUCUGGCAGACAAACAAACCAGCUGAGUUCUUCUGUGAGUUGCGUUCAGCACUUUGCACCUGGUAGUACAAAAUCUGCAUAUGAAAUACACCCUGCUGGGAGCACCGGCAGUUCUGGCAGGAGCACAGUUUGUGAAGAUCCCCCUGCUCAUUAUGCACUGAAUAACAGCACUGACUUGGCACCUCCUUCUUGUCAGAGGGUGUACUCUGGCCAUGCUGCAUUAUCUGUGGCUUACAAAAACUAUGAACAGGCUUCAAGCUCUUCCACAAAUUCUGGAAAUGGCAUUUCCCAGAAGAGRGCACAUAAAGACAGUACUACUGCCAUAAAAGGAAUUAGACCAUAUAUCCCUAAACGAUUGCGUCAAGAAAAUUCCAGUAAGCCUGAAAAAGAAGAAUCUGGCCAGAGAGGUAGCUCAGACUGUGAUGYUAAGUUAGGUGUAUUAGGAGAGCAAACUUCAAGAAAGAUCUCUGAAUUAAUUAAGCCAUAUUUGGGAUCUAAAUAUAAAGUAACUGAAGUUCCCAAAAGCUUGAUAUUUUACAUGUCUAAACACAGCRGCCCUGUUAAUGAAAUCCAGUGGUGUCCUGUACAGGAACAAAGUCACUUGCUUCUCUCUGCUUCUAUGGACAAAACAGUCAAGGUGUGGGAUGCUGUAGAUACAGGCUGCUGUUUAAAAACCUACUCCUGUCACUCCUGUGCUGUUCGAGCUGCCCGGUGGUCAUCCUGUGGAAGAAGGAUCCUCAGUGGGGGCUUUGAUUCCACACUGCAUUUAACAGAUGUAGAAACAGGGAAGCAGAUAUUUAGCAGCAAAACAGAAUUUAGGAUCAGUGCACUGAAGUUCCACCCUACAGAGUCAAAUGUUUUCAUUUGUGGAGGGUUCAGCCCUGAAGUUAAAGCAUGGGAUAUAAGGACUUCUAAGGUGUUAAGAGUGUACAAAGCUGCAGUACAACAGACUUUGGAUAUCCUCUUUCUCCCUGAAGGAAGAGAAUUUCUUACAAGCACGGAUGCAGUGAGCCGAGACUCGGCUGAUCGUACCAUCAUUGCAUGGGACUUCCAAAGUGCUGCAAAAAUCUCCAAUCAGAUUUUUCAUGAGCGUUACACUUGCCCAAGCCUSACCCUGCACCCAAAGGAGUCUGUGUUUGUUGCUCAGACCAACGGGAACUACAUGGCUUUGUUUUCUGCCCAGCGACCCUACAGAAUCAACAAAAAGAAAAGAUACGAAGGACACAAGGUGGAAGGAUUUGCUGUGGGCUGUGAAUUUUCUCCAGAUGGAACACUUUUGGUGACAGGAAGUUCAGAUGGCAAAGUGUUUUUCUACAAUUAUCAUACUUCAAGGAUCAUUCGCACUUUGUCUGCGCAUAAAGAAGCUUGUGUGAGUGCAAUCUUUCACCCAGUCUUGCCGUCGCUCCUUGCAACAUGUGACUGGGCUGGAGAAAUCAAGAUCUGGCAAUAACAAGCAGGGUUACUUUUCAGGAUGUCUCUCUCCUGUUAGUCUGUCAAAGGCUUAGGAAAUAAGCCAGAGUAUGGAAUGUGAAAUUCUGUUGGGAUGUGUUKUAAGCAGGAGAGAGACUGUUGUCUUUUCUUCCUUCUUUCUUUGUGGCCUCUACAUUUAUGCUGUUAAGGUGGUCUUGUGGUUAGCUGCUGAGCAAAGAAGUCCUACUCUCUCCCUCAGCCCUGAAGACAAAUUUUAACCCUUUUGUGUCAAUCUUCCAGUGCUUAUCUAGUCCCACUUUGCUUUGAGUAUCUAAAUUUAAGAAAAUUAUUGCUCUUUUAUGUAUCUUUUCAAUGCAGCUUUCUUAAACCAGGAUUUAUCAUAGAAUCAGAGAAUCAUUUAGGUUGGAAAAGACUUAAAAAUYGUUGAGUCUGAGCUUUAACCCAGUACUGCCAAGUCUACCACUAAACCAUGUCCCAUAGUGCCACAUCUACAAAUCUGUUAAAUAGCUCCAAGAAUGAUGACUCCACCACUACAGUCAUCGUACUGACRAAGUUUUUUCYAUUAUCCAAUCUAAACCUCCCCUGUCCCAACUUGAGACUGUUUCCUAUUAUUCUCUCCAUAAGCUGAGGACGUGCUAGUUAACAGAGGAUGACAUUCAAAUCAAUUAAUAUCUAUUCCAUCUUUCUGGGAUGUUUUAUCCCACUUGUUUGAGCUACUUUAGCUCCUGACCUGAUCACAGAAGGGCUAGAGAAGCAAUGAUGUAGCUCAAGGCAAAAAAGCUUCUAUGCACAGGAAGGGGGAAGAUCACAGAGCAGCUUCUGAUAAUGGAUAGUCUGUUAUCACCUCAACCUGCCAUAAAAUGCCUUCUGAGUGUUCCAGGGAAAGGUGUGGCAGAUAGCUUCAACCUAAUUUGAAGUCAAUACAUUUGUGUUUUUGAAAUCAUGAUGUUUAGACUUGAGUUUUAAACUUACUUUAUGACUGUAUAUAAACAAAAUGAAACUAUGUAUAAAUAUUUUUUAGGGAAAAAAUAAACUUUUUUUUUAGUACAUGAUAUCUGUGUUUAUUCUAUUAUUAAACUUUUUUGUUUAGUACAUGAUAUCUCUGUUUAUUCUAUUAUU